AUGUCUUCUUGGGUAAUUACCGGAGUCUCGCGCGGCCUUGGUUCCGAGUUUCUCCGCCAGCUAUCUGAGAAUCCAGGCAACACUGUCUUUGGCCUUGUCCGUGACAAAGCAGCCGUCGAAGCCAGGGUUGCUGACGAGAUUGGCCGGAAAAAUAUCCACAUCAUACAGGCCGACACCACGGAUCCGAAAGCAGCCCAGCAUGUUUCUGAAAAAACCAAUGGCACGCUGGAUUAUGUCAUAGCCAAUGCCGCACUUCAGUCCAAGACUGCCCUAGUUGGCUUUGAUACCCUGAGGCGCGAUCCAAAAGCUCUUGAACAAGACGUGAUUGACCAUUUCCGAAUCAAUACAAUCGGUGCCAUCCAUCUUUUUAAUAUUUUCAUGCCCCUGAUUCUGAAAGGCCAGGCAAAGAAAGUCAUUGCCAUCUCCACGGGCAUGUCAGACCCUGAGAUGACUCUCAAGGCUGAUAUCUACCAAGCAACGUCCUAUGCAAUGAGUAAGGCAGCUCUUAAUAUGGCUGUAGCCAAGUUCAGCGCUCUGUACCGGGAGCAAGGCGUUCUCUGCAUGGCUAUCUGCCCUGGUGCUGUGGACACUGGAAGUCUUGAUAUCAAAACAGAGGAGGAAGGGCAAUUAGCUAUGGCUAUGUUUGGGAAGUUUAAGCAGUAUUCACCUAACUUCCAGGGGCCUAUGAGUCCGGAAGACAGUGCCAAAUCGGUGUUGGCGCUUGUCAAUAAGGCUACUGUUGACGGUGGUUACGCAGGAGUCUUUCUCUCUCAUACAGAGUCAAAGCCAUACCUUUAA